GGCUCCCUGGCUGCCGGGGCAGCGCGCCGCUCUCUCAAGAUGGCUGCCGCGACCGGCGGUGCCGUGGCGGCGUCGACCGCCUCGGGUCAGGCGGAAGGGAAGAAGCUCACGGAACUGCGAGUCAUCGAUCUCAGGUCGGAACUGAAACGACGGAACUUGGACAUCACCGGAGUGAAGACGAUGCUGGUCUCCAGGCUCAAGCAGGCUAUUGAAGAGGAAGGAGGCGAUCCAGAUAAUAUUGAAUUAACUGUUUCAACUGAUACUCCAAACAAGAAACCAACCAAAGGCAAAGGUAAAAAACAAGAAGCAGAUGAGUUGAGUGGAGAUGCUUCUGUGGAAGAUGAUGCUUUUGUCAAGGAAACUGAAGCGCAAGAAGGUGAAGAUGACACCUUUUUAACAGCCCAAGAUGGUGAGGAAGAAGAAAAUGAGAAAGAUGUAGCAGGUUCUGGUGAUGGUACACAAGAAGUAUCUAACCCUCUUCCUUCAGAAGGGAGCCUAGCUGAGGCUGAUCACACAGCUCACGAAGAGAUGGAAGCUAAUGCGACUGUGAAAGAAGCUGAGGAUGACAACAUCUCGGUCACAAUCCAGGCUGAAGAUGCCAUCACUCUGGAUUUUGAUGGUGAUGACCUCCUAGAAACAGGUAAAAAUGUGAAAAUUACAGAUUCUGAAGCAAGUAAGCCAAAAGAUGGGCAGGACGCCAUUGCACAGAGCCCGGAGAAGGAAGCCAAGGAUUAUGAGCUGAAUGCCAACCAUAAAGAUGGUAAGAAGGAAGACUGCGUGAAGGGUGAGCCUGUCGAGAAGGAAGCCAGAGAAAGUUGUAAGAAAGCAGAAGCUGGAGACAAAGAAAAGGAUACUUUGAAGAAAGGGCCCUCGUCUACUGGGGCCUCUGGUCAAGCAAAGAGCUCUUCAAAGGAAUCUAAAGACAGCAAGACAUCAUCUAAAGAUGACAAAGGAAGUUCAAGUAGCACUAGUGGGAGCAGUGGAGGCUCAACUAAAAAUAUCUGGGUUAGUGGACUCUCUUCUAAUACCAAAGCUGCUGACUUGAAGAACCUCUUUGGCAAAUAUGGAAAGGUUCUAAGUGCAAAGGUAGUUACAAAUGCUCGAAGUCCUGGGGCAAAAUGCUAUGGCAUUGUGACUAUGUCUUCCAGCACAGAGGCGUCCAGGUGCAUCGCACACCUUCACCGCACAGAGCUGCAUGGACAACUGAUUUCUGUUGAAAAAGUAAAGGGUGAUCCUUCUAAGAAAGAAAUGAAGAAAGACAAUGAUGAAAAGAGUAGUUCAAGAAGCUCUGGAGAUAAAAAAACUAUGAGUGAUAGAAGUGGCAAGACACAAGCGUCUAUCAAAAAAGAAGAGAAAAGGUCAUCUGAGAAAUCUGAGAAAAAGGAAAGCAAAGAUGUUAAGAAAACAGAAGGUAAAGAUGAGAAGACUGAUAAUGGAACAAGUGGCCCAACCUCAGAAUCUAUUAAAAAAACUGAAGAAAAGAAGCGAAUAAGUUCAAAAAGUCCAGGACAUAUGGUAGUGUUAGACAAAACCAAGGGAGAUCAUUGUAGACCAUCAAGAAGAGGAAGAUAUGAGAAAAUUCAUGGAAGAAGCAAAGAAAAGGAGAGGGCUAGCCUAGAUAGAAAAAGGGACAAAGACUACAGGAGAAAAGAAAUUUUGCCCUUUGAAAAGAUGAAGGAACAAAGGUUGAGAGAACAUUUAGUUCGCCUCGAAAGACUGAGACGAGCCAUGGAACUCCGAAGACGAAGAGAGAUUGCAGAAAGAGAGCGGCGAGAGCGAGAACGCAUUAGAAUAAUUCGUGAACGGGAAGAACGGGAACGCUUACAGAGAGAGAGAGAGCGCCUAGAAAUUGAAAGGCAAAAACUAGAGAGAGAGAGGAUGGAACGCGAACGCUUGGAAAGGGAACGCAUUCGUAUUGAACAGGAACGUCGCAAGGAAGCUGAGCGGAUUGCUCGAGAACGAGAGGAGCUCAGAAGGCAACAGCAGCAACUUCGUUAUGAACAAGAAAAAAGGAAUUCUUUGAAACGCCCACGUGAUGUUGAUCAUAGGCGAGAUGACCCUUACUGGAGUGAGAGUAAAAAGUUGUCUCUAGAUGCAGCUUCCCGAUUCAGCCAUGGGUCCGACUAUCGCCAACAGAACAGGUUUAAUGACUUUGAUCACCGCGAGAGAGGCAGGUUUCCUGACAGCUCAGCAGUACAGUCUUCAUCUUUUGAAAGCAGGCGGGAACGUUUUGUUGGUCAAAGUGAAGGGAAAAAAGCACGACCAACUGCCCGAAGAGAUGAUCCAAGCUUCGAAAGGUAUCCCAAAAAUUUCAGUGAUUCCAGAAGAAAUGAGCCUCCACCACCAAGAAAUGAACUUAGAGAAACAGACAGACGAGAAGUCCGAGGAGAACGAGAUGAGCGGAGAACAGUGAUCAUUCAUGACAGGCCUGAUAUCCCUCACCCUAGACAUCCUCGAGAAGCAGGGCCUAACCCUUCUAGACCAACCUCCUGGAAGAGUGAAGGCAGCAUGUCCACAGACAAGCGGGAGUCAAGAGUCGAAAGACCAGAAAGAUCAGGAAGAGAUGUCUCAGGUCACAGUGUGAGAGGUGCUCCCCCUGGAAAUCGCAGUAAUGCUUCGGGCUAUGGAAGCCGAGAGGGAGACCGAGGAGUCAUCUCAGACCGCGGGAGUGGAGCCCAGCACUAUACCGAGGAACGUCAUGUGGUUGAACGCCAUGGGCGGGACACAAGUGGACCAAGGAAAGAGUGGCAUGGUCCACCUUCUCAAGGGCCAAGCUACCAUGACACAAGGCGAAUGAGUGAUGGUCGGGCAGGAGCAGGCAUGAUCACUCAGCACUCAAGUAAUGCAUCCCCAAUUAAUAGAAUUGUACAAAUCAGUGGUAACUCCAUGCCAAGAGGAAGUGGCUCUGGAUUUAAGCCAUUUAAGAGUGGACCUCCACGGCGGUUUUGAAAAGGAGCUUUCUGCCACGGUUUCAAGAUAAUUUAUUGAAAUCUGUAAACUUUACUUGACUACUUAUGAAGAGGACCUCUGAUCGCUUGAGAGUUCUAGCUGACUUUUCUUUUUUAAAAAAAUUUAACGUAAUUGGUUUUCUCAAUUUUAGAGAAGAUGUUGAAAUAGUUCUGUUGAAACUUUUAAUAGUUUUAUGUAUCGUUUAACUUUUUUUUCCUGCAGCACCAAGACGCAUUUGAAGAGACUGGACUCGCAGUCAUUUGUUGACCCUGUGUGAGCACAAGGCGCAGUGUGCAGCCUGUGGUCGUGGUUUAUUUGCACAUUCGCUCGGUGUGCCAGGCUCUAGAGUUGCUCAUCACCAAGCAUUGCCAGCCUCCAUUUUGGAGGCUGUUUAAGCUUCAAAAGUCUGCUGUCUAAUUUUUAGAGAUUAAGAUUGUUCCUUGCAUUUCUUGAGUAUUAUGUAACCUAUUUUUGCAGAAGGUACUGUUACAUUAAGUGCAUCUGUGUAUCCUGGUUUAAAAAAAAUGUAAUCUUUUUUGAAAUAAACCUUCAUAUUCUGUAUAGUUA